AUGGCCGACGCUCCCGUUACCCUGCGGACUCGCAAGUUCAUCCGCAACCCCCUGCUUGCUCGCAAGCAGAUGGUCGUGGAUGUCCUCCACCCCAACCGCGCCAACGUUUCCAAGGACGAGCUCCGCGACAAGCUCGCCGACCUGUACAAGUCCAACAAGGACCAGGUCUCCGUCUUCGGUUUCCGCACCCAGUACGGUGGUGGUAAGAGCACCGGCUUCGCUCUCAUCUACGACUCCCAGGAGGCCCUGAAGAAGUUCGAGCCCCUCUACCGCCUGGUCCGCAUCGGUGCCGGUGUCAAGGUCGAGAAGCCCAGCAGACAGCAGCGCAAGCAACGGAAGAACCGCUCCAAGAAGUUCCGCGGUACCGCCAAGACCAAGGGCCCCAAGAAGAGCAAGGACUAA